GGGUGGAAGGUCACGACCGAGGCACUCUGAGAUUGGACUCGGUGUAGGAAAAUGAGUAGAUCAAGUUUCUAUAGUAAUGAAUUGUAGACUGAAUUGCGCGUCAGUUUUGGUGCGUUUCAUAAGGUAUAUGUAGCUGGUUAUAAUUCGUAGAUGAACGGUGCUUCUGCGUCAUUGAAAAAGCAUCAGUUGGAUUGCUGUGGCGGUCUAAAUAACGUGGAUUACACUCAGAUUGACAUCUCAGCAAUGCUACACGUGCUCCAACUCGUGGACCUCUCAGACAGCCGGUUCUGGGGUGCAGUCCUCCUCAUCAUUUUCAACCCUCUGUUCUGGAAUGUGGUGGCCCGCUGGGAACACUGGACCCGGGGGCUGUCCAGACUCUUCGGGGGUCCCUAUGUGGCAUUAUACUUCCUGGCCUCCCUCAUCAUCCUGCUCAACGUGUUUCGUAGCCACAGCAUUACAGAGGCCAUGAAGGUCCAGCCCAAGUGGGAACUGCUGGACUGCCCGGUGGUCUUCUGCACUGGAUUGGUCCUGAUGGGUUUGGGCUCCAUCUUCGUCCUGAGCAGCUUCUACAGCCUGGGCUUCACUGGGACCUUCCUCGGCGACCACUUCGGCAUCCUGAUGGAGCACAGGAUCACGGGCUUCCCCUUCAACGUGAUGGACAACCCUAUGUACUGGGGCAGCACUGCCAACUACCUGGGUCUGGCGCUGAUCCAUGCCAGUCCGGUAGGCCUGAUCCUGACCGUGGUUGUGGGAGUCUGCUACAAGGUGGCACUCGUGUUCGAAGGACCAUUCACCGAGGCAAUCUACCGGGAGAAAGCCUACCACUGCAAGAGCCAGUGAUGGAGGUGGACAUCCGAAAGAACCCCCCCUCGUACCGCGACCGGCUCGCCUGGCCCAGCCCCAAUAGACGACUCCAUCUGCCACGAUCUUCAGCUGUUUAUUUCCAGGAGCGCACAAUCUCAAAGUGGGCGUGGCCUGACACGACGGCCAUCCAAUCAUUUUUGGGACAGCUGGCAGGGAACCUAUUGAUGCAGAAGGUGUUUCAGCAGGGGGAGGGGUUGUAAUUCCAGUGACAAUGUACGCUCCCUCCAUUCUGCCGCCGUUUACCAUCUGAGGCCUGUUUCAUGAAUUCGUUCCUUCGAAUGUAAAAUGUUCCCAGAUUGGUUAAUGGCCGACCGUCUGCCGAGACCCCAAGCUCUGCUGUCGCCUGUCUCACACACAUGGGGGUGUGAAAACCAAAUAAUUCCUAUGUACUCAUACAAAUGGCAAAUAAAGCAUCAUUUUUAUUGCAGCUGAAUA